GCCGAGUUGGCAAACACCAUGAACAAUAGUAAUAGCCAUGGCGUACAGGAAACAAGAAUACCUAUCGGAGAGAAGGUGAGGAUGACGAAUGAGAGACUCGAUGCCGAUUUCUCUAGGAUCGGAACCAAGCUCCAUAGGUUCCCGCGGGGCCUAAGGUCGAUCGGCGACCGCUACAUCGUCCCGAGCUUCGUGGCCCUCGGCCCCUACCACCAUGGCUUACCCCAUCUGCAAGAGGCGGAGGAGGUGAAGCACGCGGCGGCCCACGAUUUCUGCGCACGGUCGGGCCACUCAGUCGAGGAGGUCCACGGCAAGAUUCUCUCCAUCGUCGCAGAUGCCCGCAGGUGCUAUGCCGACGUCGUGCAUUUCGGCGACGCGGAGUUUGCAGCGAUGAUGUUCCUCGAUGGUUGCUUCCUGCUGGAGUAUAUGCACUUGGGCUCGAGUGAUACAGUUGAGGAGGAACGUGCUCUACUAAUGAAUAGCAUGGUCUUGUCCACAGGUCCGUGCAUGCUGAGGGACAUCUUUCUACUCGAGAACCAGCUUCCCUGGCUGGUGCUGGAGACUCUCAUGGAAUUUGGGAGUGUAGGUGUGUUCGAGUUCGUCUCUGAAGAGACAGCAUUUUAUGACAUUAGUGAUCGUGGGUUAUUUGUGGAUGAGACCUACAGGCCACCGCAACCGCAUAUCCUUGGGCUCCUGCGAUACUAUCACAUAAACAGCAUGAGUACGGAAGACAUAAGCUACGAGCUCACGUCCUGUCCGGUGGCUAGCAGUGCCAUUGAGCUCGCGGAAAUGGGCAUCCAUCUGAUCGCCAGCAACCACAAGACCGGCUUCUUCGCGGACAUGAGCAUCCAGAAACGCCGCAUCUUCGGCGAGCUGUCCCUGAAGCCAUUGUUCCUGAACGACAUCACUGCCUGCUGGUUCGUCAACAUGGCGGCGUUCGAGGCUUGCACCUCCACCCGCUAUCCCAACGAUGGCUUUGUUAUCAGCUCCUACCUCUCCCUCCUGGCGAUGCUCAUGGACAAGGAGGAGGACGUGCACGAGCUUCGAGCCAAGCAUCUCCUAAAAAGCUUCUUGAGCAAUCGAGAGAUGGUGGACUUCUUCAAGGGCCUCGCUCGGCACCUGCGCCUGGGUCAUCGCUACUUCGUCCUCCUCUCAAAGGUCCAUGACUACAAGCGUGAGAGGCCCGUCCGGAUCGCCAUUCAUAGGUUCGUCUACAACAACUUCAAGGCCAUCGUCGCCUUCCUCUCUAUUGCUAGUGUGCUCGUCGGAAUCUUCAAAACUCUCAUGUCUCUCAAGCAACAUCAGCCGUAGCAAAGGUUUAUGCAUGCACUGUGAAUGUUGUUUCCGUCGAGACAUCGAGUCGUGUUGAGGUGAA